GAGGGAGUGAUGUAUCAGUCAAAUUGUGUGAUCAUGGUUGGGCAUCAUUGGUAUGUGGUCGCAAAUUAUUUGUUUGGAAAUUUAAACAAACACCAGAAACAAGAAAUAUGGUUUCUCACUGUAGAGAAUUAACUUUACCACCAAGUGAUCUUGCUCAUAAAGCAGAAUUAGUAUGUGUACUAGUCAGUAAAGAUUCACAUAUGCCAGCAGCAUUAGCUGUAUCACCUGAAGGUAUUGUACGUUAUUGGCCUAACAUUGCCCAUGAAGGAUCAUCAGUUGAAGUUACAGCUGAACUUCAUGGUCAAGAAUGUUUUUCUUUAACAAAUAUACAGCCAUUAGGUUGCAUUUUAGCUACUACAACUAAUUCAAUCAUUUUGAUUUCUCCAUUCAUGAGUGAUGGUCAGAACAGUAUUCAUUGUAGAACAUUAAGAAUUCCCCAAGGAAUGUUAGCUGGAUUUAGUCGGAGAGUAUUUUCUUUUGUAUUUGGAGCAGUGCCGAAUCAAUCUUUUGAAAAUAAAUCUUUAAUCAAAGUACUUUCUGAAAAUGGCAAUGAAGAUGAUGAAAAAUACUUAUAUGUUUUAGCUGGAAGUGCUUUACAGAAAUGGUAUCUUUUGGAUCAUGAACCUGAUAAAUUGCUCUAUGAAUAUGAUAUGGAUAGACAGAUAAAGGAAUAUUUUCUUGAUGCUCUUUGGAGCCGAGAAAAUUUUCAUAUACAUCAAUUAAAAGCUUGGUCAGUUGAUAUGCAACUUUCAAGUAAAGGCCUUAUACUUCUUUUAGCUGGGAUGAACCCUCAAGUAUCUUCACAAUUAUCAUUUGCAUUUGGAAUAUUAAAUGUUUCUUCUGACACUGUACCAACUGGAUUUACUUCAUUUUAUGUUAUAAAACAUACAGAAAAAUACACAGAGAGAGAUGAAGAAAGAGUUUUAAACUAUAAGUUUAUUUUACCUAAUGCAAAUAGUCAGUUAGCCUAUAUUUAUAAUAAUCAUGUGAUAUUAUCUUUUCUUGUUGAUACUGCUACAGAAGAAUCUGAUGUUAUUGAAUUUAGUAGUCAUGGAGAUAAGAUUUUAGGUGCAGGUACUUGUGAUGGAAUUCCAUUAUUUUUCUCAUAUACUCAUGGUUUGAUGUCUAUUUUAUCUAAUCAGUCAACACCUCCAACAUCUGCUCCUGAACCAGUAACAUCAAAAAAUAUUUUAUUAGAUUUACCAAUGAAAGAAAUUGAGGAAGCAGAAUUGCAAGGAGGGAAGAAUAAUCAUAUUGUUCUGUUGAAACGUGCUUUAAUGCUGUUUUAUAAAGAUGGAGUAGUCAAAAGCCAAGAAAUUAUAAAUAAUUUAGUUAUGCAGUCAUCUGUAGAUUUUUCUGAAUCCACUUCUGUUUUAGAUACAGCUGUGAUUACAAUGAGUGAAGAAUUUAUUGAUGAUUAUCCAGCUUCUGAUCCACGUUGGGCAGAAUCUAUUCCUGAUGGUAAUAAAAUUAUUUUAAUUUACACAGAUAAUAAUAAUUCUAUCAAAAAUAAGAGUUUCAAAUGGUACAAGAUGUUUGAGGAAGGCAGCGAACAUAUCAAAGAUGAACCACACUCUGGUAGACCAUCUACUUCAGCUGACGAAGAAUACAUUGCUCAGAUCAGAGAUUUGGUGCUCAGUGAUUCUUGUUUAACAAUUAGGGGCAUUAUUGAACAGGUUUCAGUAUCAUUUGGAUCUUGUCAAGUAAUUUUAAAAGAUCAUUUGGGUACUUGUGAUGGAAUUCCAUUAUUUUUCUCAUAUACUCAUGGUUUGAUGUCUAUUUUAUCUAAUCAGUCAACACCUCCAACAUCUGCUCCUGAACCAGUAACAUCAAAAAAUAUUUUAUUAGAUUUACCAAUGAAAGAAAUUGAGGAAGCAGAAUUGCAAGGAGGGAAGAAUAAUCAUAUUGUUCUGUUGAAACGUGCUUUAAUGCUGUUUUAUAAAGAUGGAGUAGUCAAAAGCCAAGAAAUUAUAAAUAAUUUAGUUAUGCAGUCAUCUGUAGAUUUUUCUGAAUCCACUUCUGUUUUAGAUACAGCUGUGAUUACAAUGAGUGAAGAAUUUAUUGAUGAUUAUCCAGCUUCUGAUCCACGUUGGGCAGAAUCUAUUCCUGAUGCUUCUUCUAGUAUAUCAACUUCACUUAUUUUACUUCAUCAGCUGGAAGAUAAAAUUAAAGCUCAUGAUUGUUUUGUUAAUUUCAUCAAAUCUGUUGAAUUGUGGGAUAAGUUAACCACAGUAAAAAUAAGAGGAAUAUCAAUGUAUACAACUUUAUUAUUGUGUGAACAUGUUGAGAAAUUAGUAGCUGCUCUAUAUUUGAGAACAUUUCAUCAAAAUAAUAGGUAUAAUGAAAUGCUAGAACAAGCAAUAAAGUCAGUUUUAAUACAUAGGAAAAGUGAAGUUGCUGGGAAUUUAACAUAUCAAGAUGUUUUUUAUUGCCAAGUUUCUGCCAUAAAUGAGAUAUUUCCAUUUUUAAUCAAAUGGGAAGAAGCACAGCUAGAUAGAGAUAUCACAGCUUCAGAUAUUUUCAAUAUAAUAACAUCUGUUAAUCAGAUAUUCUUGGAAGUGCUUCAAGAAGUAUUACAGUUUCGUCAUACAAAGGCAGAUACUUAUAAGUCUACAAAAGAAUGUAAAAAUGCAGAAUAUGUUCCUUGGACAUCAGCAGGAGGGCCUAUGGGACUUUACACAAUGCUUACAAAACAGCAUGGUAUCAGUGUUGAGUUUGGUAUUCCCACAGCUGAUGAUAUUCAAACCUCUGGCACAAUUUUUCAACAACUUUUAGAUUUGACUGAUAUUAUUUUAGAUGGAUAUAAAUGCCAUUUAGAAUCUAUUAAAACAAGACAAGAGUAUGAUUUAGUUGAACAGAAGUAUAUCAAUGAUCGAAGAAAACUUAUUUUGCCAAUAUUUCAAGCAGGACAAUAUGAAAGAACAGCUUCUCUUGCUGAGAAAUAUUGUGACUUCAAAAUUUUAGUUGAAUUAUGUGAAGAAACAGAUAAUCAAGACAGAUUGAACAGAUAUAUGAUUCAGUUUGCAGACCAAGGUUUUUCUGAUUUUGUGUUCAAAUGGUAUUUAGAUGAAGGAAAACACAGUAAAUUGUUAUUACAGCCACCUUCACAGCAUAAUGCAUUGACCCAAUUUUUGAAAGGCCAUGACAACUUAAGUUGGAUUCAUUACAUAAAUACUAAACAGUAUGAAUUGGCUCAUCGUACUUUAAAAAAUUUGGCUAAUAAUGAACAUCGUUACUUAAAUAAAAAAAAGACACUUCUUAGUCUUAGUAAAUUAGCAGCUUUAACAAGUAAUGAAAGUCCAGAUAUCAAAGAUGUGCAAUUAGCUGCAAUAAAUAUGGACCAAGAUUUAAUUUUAUAUCAAGAAACUUUACCACAAAAUGUAAUAAAGGCAUUUGAUCUUGAUCCUGAUAGGAUGAGAGUAUUAACUCCAAAAGAACUUAUAGNGAUGUAUGUAUGUGAUGAGAACUCUGGUGCAAAUGAAUAUGAUUUUAAGAAAGCUUUGGAUUUAGUUUCAUUUGUAAUUUCGUCAUCCAAUGAUAUAGAAAGCAUUAAGCUUCAUAUUUGGAUUCGAGCAAUUUUGAGGGAUAAAUGGGAAGAUCUAGAUACAAACAAUCCUCUAGAAUCUAUCAAAGACACAAUUUUUUUUCGAACUGUUGAAUUAGCAUUCACGCAAGGGGCUGAUUUAUUUGAAUUGCUUCCAUCUAUUGAAUUAUUUUUAAGUAAUGAAGAACUUGGAUGUCUCACUGAAAAUCACACAUUUGUGUUUCUCUUGAAAGCUGCCUACGAACACAUCACACGUUUAACAGAGUAGAUGUAUAUUUUUGUAAAAUACAUUGUUUCUAAUAAUUUUAUAAUUUUUUACAAAUUUUUAAAUUGUAAAGUUGAACAAACAUUUUGUAAUUUUACAUAAAUUAAAACUUAAUUUCUACAGUUAUUGAUAUUAAAUAAUAUAAAGAUAAAAGUGAAUUUGGUAAGAAAAAUAAAAAUAAUUUAAACUUGUUUUUAUUUUUCUUUUAUAACAAUUAACAACAUGAACGUUUAUAAAGAUAUGUACAAUAUAAAACUGAAACAUUUUGAUAUAAAAACAAAAUAAUUUCAAUAAAGAUUUAAACAGUUUACUUUC